ACGUAAUAGUGUCAUGCGCGGAGAAAGUGGGAGCUCGACGCGGGAAUAUCGGCACUAGGGACUGUUUUUAUUUUUCCGGCAACGACCGAACGACUUGGCCAAGAUUUUUUGGACUGACAGUUCUUCUAAUUUUGCAAGUUCAAAGCUCUUCACAGACAUUGUACAAAGACCCUAUUUUUGAGAUGACAGAGGUGGACGUUCCAUUUUACGGCUCUCAUCUUAAGGUUCAGCAUCUCCACCAAUUCGACAACAUGCCUGACGAGGAUGAAGUCCGGAGCAUCGCCGGUCCCUUCAUCACCGGCCCUAACGAUGAUGAUGCGGACUUGGAGGGCGAGAUUGCCCGCUGUCAGGGCCUGGAUCUUGAGGGACUAUUCGGCGGGACCAUCCCCAAGAUACCCGAUGCUUUUUACGCCAAAAAUGACGGACUUAAAGCUGACGAAGCAUCGUUUCCGGAUUGCUCUUCGAGUGGAAAGGCGGAGUCUACGCAAGAAGUUGUGCAUGUUCAAGGCAAUGGUGUCCCAGUUUCCUACGAAGUUCGUGGCCUACAACAGCACGAAAUGCCCGUGAUCGGUACACACAUAGAUCCUCGCAUCAUGCCAGGCUUCAAGUAUCGAGUCCGUAUCCUCGGCAAUGAGGCUACCGAGGUGACCCCAGCAGCUCCCCGCUACCAGUUCCGCGGUGAAGCGCUCCACCUUCUCCGCGUUGGACAAGGCUACGGCAAGCGGCUUACCUUCACGGCGGACAGCCUGAACGAGAACACCAACUACUUCUGGUCAGACAGUAUUCCAACUGGCUACGGCUUCGCCAUCGUCGCCGUGCACGCUGGGGAUGAAUUGGUGAUGACCGAUCUGGCCCGGCGGCCCAUCGGCAACGGAACGGUGGAGGAGGCCAGCCCCUGUCAAGUCGAACUCGGCACCGAGACCCUAGUCGACCAGGACGCCGCCAGAAACCGAGAAACUAUUGUCAAGAGAGUCUCGGUGAUCAUGAAAGUGCGGCUGCGGUACACCUGCGAGAGGCACGGGAUACGGUCGAUCCGAGCGGAUGAGACGGUGAUAGUCCGUGGAGUGGCCAGGGUCAUCAAGCAGGCAGGACAUAACAAGGCUUACACCAAGUGUAUCGAGGAAUUGGAACUUCCACAUCUAGGAGAAUGUCUACUCUACUUGCGCUAGCGCCGCAACAGUACAGAUGAACAGUAAUAAAGUUUAACCAAAAAGCAGCUGUGUAUGUACGUUACUCCUUGCAUCUACAAUCCAAAGAUCCUUUUCCAACCUUCCACAUGCUGCCUGUUCAUUUGUUUGUUCGAUAAAGAGGUUUUAUUACCACCUGCAUGUAAAUGAUUUCUAAACUUGCCUGUGGUUAGCCACGCACCUGUCGGCCGCUGGAAUGUCACUCCGAUGUGUUUUGUCUGGUCUCACAAAAAUUCAAGUGUUGGAAGCUUGCUAUACUGCAGCGAGCCCCCUCCAAGACGAGUUCAUCACCCAGAUGCAAAGUCACUUAAAUGAAGUGUUUUUGUUGCGCUUGUACGCGUUGGCGUUGUGUCUGUUAAAGCUAGCCAUUUUAAUCCAAAACAAAACCUCUCCAAAACAUCCCAAGCAGAUCCAAAGUCAUUCAAAUGAAGUACUCGUACAGGUACAUUUUGUAUUGUAUUCGCGCUUCGAAUUUAAUAUUACAUAACUUACCAUCUUACCGGUAAGACAGCAUUGAUUUGAAAGCCGGGCUAACCUUUUAAAAAAGGGUGCAUCUGAGAGAGUACAUUCCUUGGUUUUCACGCUCAUAUUGGACAUCGUAGCUGGGAAUGUUAAGAAAUAAUUGGAAAACCAGAAAGACUUGUACGGAAACGUGCCCGCAAAUAAAGAACAAACGUUGUUCAAGAAUUUAUCGUUCUUGACGCCCUAAAAAUCCGUAACUCCCCAGGGUGCGUGCAAUGAUGGAAAAAGGCACGGCAGGUUCACAAACUGUGGAGUGGCUAUUGGCCGCAACAUGAACGGCAGUUGUAGUUUUUCACCGUGUGUACCGAAGUGACAUCCGAGCGAAACGAAAUGUAAAGCAUGUACUUGUAUAAAGUUGAAAUGGUUUUGGUUCCAUUGUAAUAAUCGUUCAUUUUGCUGCUUUUCAGAGUUAUUUGGGUUAAAGUUUUAUCAAAGUAUGAACUUCUUAAAUGGUCCACUUGCAUUUUUCCCAAAACCUGGGUUUUAAUGUUAUUACCAUCUAAAUGAGCAUAAUUAUAUGUAUAUGCAUUGUUUUUAGAUUUCUCUGCCCGUCUCUCUCGCACAAAUAAAUUAAUUAUUAAUGAGGCAUAAUGUUAAUAUCGGAGUUGUAUCGGUUUUUAUGUGUGUGAUUUGCCUGAACGUAACUUCUGUGGAAUAAAAAUGAUGCAGGUAUUUGUCAGGAAUUUG